AUGCGUCGAGUGUGCGAGCGCCUUCUCGUCUCGGAUCUUCGGAUGGCCUGCCGGAAUUCGGCCACCUCUUCGGCUGCCAUCUCGAAUCAUGACGCCACAGAAUGCCCCAUCACUUCCGGAGGGCCUGUAAAAUGCCCAGAAGAAGCAGCGGCUCCUCCUCCGCAAGCUUCUCGUCCAUUUUCCGCGAUCCCCGGGCCAGGGCAACUCUCCAUGGUCGGGCUCCGCGAUUUACGGUCGAGCAUGAGGCGUUUUGACGAAACGAGCAUUCGCGGGUAUUUCGGGGCGCUGGUCGACCUGCACGCCAUGUAUGGAGAUGUCGUUCGUGUGGAGCAAGGAUGGGGCCGCGGCGCCGUUGUGCAUAUAUUUGAUCCGGAAGACGCCAAGAAAGUGCUAAUGGCCGACGGUCGACAACCCCACAUCGUCCCACUGCAAGAAACGACGCAAAAAUACCGUGAAAUGAAGGGCAUGAACCCGGGCCUUGGGAAUUUAAACGGCGAAGAAUGGUAUCGACUACGCAGCGCUGUGCAGCAAGCCAUGAUGAGGCCACAAGCUGUUUUACAAUAUUUACCUUUUGUAAACCAGGUUGCCGACGAUUUGAUCAAGCAUAUCAAUGGGAGUUUGGACAAAAAGGGAGAAGCGGAUAUGAGGCUCAUUUCUGGAAGAUGGGCCCUAGAAGCGGCGGGGCUGACCGUCUUCGAGAAACGCCUCGGCGCAUUCGAUGACAACAUGAAAUGGGCCGACAAGCUCGUCGCUAUUAAUCGGGAAAUCUUCCAACUGUCGGCGAAGCUCAAAUUCUCGGCCCCGUUCUACAAGCUCGUCAGUACGCCGAAAUGGCGCAAAAUGGUCGAGCUCGAGGACUCGUUUUAUGCAGAAGCCAUGACCCUCAUCGAGGAGGCCAUCAAAAAGCUGAAAGAGAAAGCGGCAGCCGGAUCCAGUGAGAAUCUGCGAUUCGCCAGCCAUCUCGUCAACAAGGACGAGCUUUCGGAUAGCGAUGUCGCGGUGAGUUUUAAUUUU